AUGAAUAUUCUCUACACCGGUACACUCUUACUCGCUCUCUACGGAGGCAUCGCCGUUCUACUUCGUUCAAUCACACCUUACGUAGUUUUUCUUUGGUCAAAGCUCAAACGUCGUUCCACUAAUCAUAAUCUGAGCAACUUUCAACGAUCAAAACGUAUUUUAUCUAAUUUAAGACGACUGAACUUGUUCAAAUCAAUCAACAGACGUACUCCAUACGAUAUCAAACUGCAACAAGCAACCACAUGGCUUUAUUUGAUUUUACUUGCAAGGACCAGACUUGUAGAUUGGUACGGUUUCCGAGGCCGACAUUUUCGUUUGUUAGCAACUCUAUGUGAACUGGCAAACAGAACUGUGACUGAUGCUGUUCAUCGAUUUGGUACUCAGUCUUUCGUUGCACUAAAUGUCAUUAGUGAAACUAGUUUUAAUAUUCAGUUGAAUACAACUGUGCAUGCGUUCGCUCAGUCAUUUUCAACGAAUUUUGAUCUUCUUGUCAAGAUUGUGCAGCUGUUCACGCGAACCGACCAACCUUAUACGCAGGGUAGCAACGCAAAUUUAGUUAAUUCAGGAACACAAGAUGAUAUCAAUUACGGCCAAAUUCUUAAGUUUGCAUUCAACUUUACUGGUCUAAUGAACAUCGACACAAAGACAGUAGUGUGUAUAUGUGCUACAAAUUCUCAUUGUCAAACUCCAGUUCUCGAUUCUGUGAAUGAAAUCUCCUUAGAUCAUGCUGUAGACUUUUCUCAGCACGGAGUUCACUUCGAAAAUAUAUUGUUACAUUAUUUUUGGGAUGAUUUUGUUCAUUGGUUUGAUAGUAGCACUAAUAUAGUCGUAUCUAUUUAUUUAAACGGAAAGGUCAAUGGAAUCUCCACGACAUCGUUAGCUUUGUCAACAACUGUAGAAUCAGCGUUUGCUACCACCAUAAUAUCUACAACAACAAUAUUCACAACAGACCCAUCCUGCCAAUUGACCUUUGACCGAUCAAAUUUAUGUUCAUUUUAUCCCACCUCUUUGCUUACUUCACUCACCGUCGAUGAUUUUAACGGCGAUACUUAUUUAGAUCUUGCUUUUAUUGAUAAUAUAUUUAGUAAUCUCUAUGUAUUGAUUGGGAACAACAGUGGAGCUUUUGCAGCGCCAUUGAUAUAUAAAAUCACAACAACUGAUUCACCGUGGGCAAUCGUUUCGGACGACUUUGACAACGAUGGUAGGAAGGACCUUGCCGUGGCAAAUUACGGUUCUAGCACUGUAGAUGUGUUCAUGGGUAAUGGUAAUGGCACUUUCCGAACCCAACGAAAGUUUCCGACUGGACUUGUGAUGCUCCCGAUGGCGAUUAUAGCUGUUGACUUUGAUAGUGACACUCACAUAGAUCUUAUUGUGUAUGGCGCCGACGCAGGUAUUAUGUUUGGCAGAGGUGAUGGCUCUUUUAGUACUGCUGUGAGUCUUUACGAUGAUGACGGUGCUCAACCGAAUUUGCUAACUUGUGCUGAUAUAAACGAUGAUAGUUAUCUAGAUCUUUUCAUCAUUGAAAUGAGCCCUGAUGUGAUACUAAUACUGCUUAAUAAUGGUCAUGGAUAUUGUAAAUUGUGGCAAACUUUGAGUUUGGUGGCCUUUUCUGGAUCGACUUCGCUAUCAGUAGCUGAUUUUAAUAAUGACGAUCUAUUGGAUAUAGCCAUUACGAAUUCGAAUAAAGCUAACAUAGGCAUUUUUAUUCAACAGAGCAAUGGUUCGUUUGGACAGCAAACAAUAUAUUCAACAGGAAUAUAUAGUAAUCCACGCUCAGUUGUCGCUGCCGAUUUUAAUCAUGAUGACCAAAUUGAUCUUGUUGUGAGUCUCUUCUACAAGAGUCAAGUGGGUGUUUGGCCAGGAGUUGGCGAUGGUACAUUUUUACCACCGACGAUGUAUUCGACGGGCCCUACCAGUUCUCCGAAUGAAAUAAUUACAGGUGAUUUAAAUAAUGACAACCGAUUGGAUUUCAUUGUAUUAGAUCGCACAUAUCCCAACAUGACUAUUUUUCUCAAUUCAUGCGCGUGUUGUUUAAAAGAGCCUUCGAAAUGA